GAAUGAAGAUACCAGAAUCAUUAUCCCCACACCGGAGAGAGAAGCAGCUUGAAGAAGCCACCAAACCUUCUUUUGAUAAUCCAAAUCACUUCUUAAAAAGUAUAAUAAAAUUCAUUCGAGCCAAUAAAAUUAUAUCAAUUUCUUUUCUUCUUGAAGCUUACUAUACCUAAAGUUCACUGCUAUGCCAAGAUGGUGAUAUGUUCUCCCUUUGGAACAUGUACCAAAAAUGUAACCCUCUUAAUUAGAAGUGCCCGAAAACAGAUGAGCAGCCAUGUUCGUGAUGUCAUCUCGCAACCUUCGUUUAGUUCAUGCUGUUUUUCUGCCUCCAGCAAGCAUCUAAAAUUACAAUAUACCGCCAUCUAUUCAUCUAAAGCAAACUCUUGUUCAUCUGCCAUUGACUUCCAAGCAUUGCGAGGUUGCUCUUUUGGGUCUAAUAUAUCCAAGCAUAAGAAUAAUUGCCAUUCGUUGACAUUAAGCAUAGUUAAUCCUAGAUGUUACCGUAAAACUCGUGUCAAUAUUUCAAUAGGAGAUGAAAACAUGAAUUUGAGGCUUUUGGUUCCUAAGCAAACAAAGAUUCCCGAAAUGAAAUGUAACAUUAGGCGUGCUUCUUGGCAACAACGACGUGCAUCAGCUGGGUUAUCUAUUGGAUUAUUGGUUUGUUUUUCAACUUCUGGAGCCGCAAAUGCUGAAGCUCCAGAGUCGGAGGAGAACAAGGAAUGUGAUUGUGAUGCUUCAGCAGCCCACUAUUCACAUGGGAAAAAAGUGUAUACUGACUACUCUGUGAUUGGCAUACCUGGAGACGGAAGAUGCUUGUUUCGUUCCAUUGCUCAUGGAGCUUGCUUGCGAUCUGGAAAAUCUGCUCCAAAUGAGAGUCUUCAGAGGGAACUAGCGGAUGAAUUGCGAGCUAUGGUGGCUGAUGAAUUUGUUAAGAGAAGGGAAGAGACAGAAUGGUUCAUCGAGGGUGAUUUUGACACUUACGUUUCACAAAUAAGGAAGCCUCAUGUAUGGGGAGGUGAACCUGAAAUGUUAAUGGCUUCACACAUUCUUCGGAUGCCAAUCACUGUUUACAUGUAUGAUGAGGAUUGCGGUGGCCUUAUAUCCAUUGCUGAGUAUGGGCAAGAGUAUGGCAAGGACAAUCCCGUUAAACUCCUCUAUCAUGGUUUUGGCCAUUAUGAUGCAUUGCUCAUUCCCGGUAAGGGGGGUUCAAGAUCAAGACUUUGAGUACAUAUUACUUAUUCAGUAUUCGACAAUAAAUGAAUGAGAUUUUAGCUUCUCUCUCUUACAAAUUUUACAUUAUUGUCUAAUCUAUUGUACCAAGCAUGCUAUGAAUGCACAAAUUGCUGAUGUACUAAUGAGAUAUCUUUACCAGAAAAAAAUUCUCGUCUUUUUUA